GCGAUUGAUAAGAGAUCAGCUUUAUUUGGCUGAAACCGCAGGUUCUAUAUUAACGUAUGAUAAAAAUGUAGACCUAAAAUAACUUUCCGUCCGUUUAAUGAUAACUGCGCAUUCAAGGCCUACACAAACAGAUGUGAAAGUGUUUUUAAAGAUUUUACAACGUAUCAUUUUUGCAUUUUCACGUUUUAGUUUCCAAUUGUCGUGGAGACAGUAUACGAUUGUUCUCCCAUCACCACCCUCGGCGCGUUGUUCGCCGAUGCCUACGUCAUCCUCCGCCCUACGUCAUCCGCCGGGCGCUCAGACCUCUGGAGCUUCGAGGCUCGAGACGCUGACUGCCACUCUGCUGCAGGACCACCGAGGACUAACUUGGACCACCGAGGACCACCCCGUCACCCAGCGGGACGUUGCCUGGUCUCAUCACUUCCUUCCACUACUUUCUUAAAGCCGUCGGGAGUUGAACUGGAUUAAGCAGCAGCAGCAGCACAGCAGCGGCUUCCCGUCCCGUCCCCUCCACGCCGCGCCCUCCCGGUCUCCGUGGACCUCUGACCUGUCAGGACCCGGACCGCCAGGCCCCGGACUGCCAGGCCCCGCUAGGCGUGCCCGGCCGUGAGGAUGGCGAACCCCGCGGAGUGCACCAUCAAGGUGAUGUGCCGCUUCAGACCGCUGAACAAGUCGGAGGUGGCCCGCGGAGACUCGUACAUCCCCAAGUUCCAGGGGGAGGACUGCGUGUUGAUCACGGGCAAACCGUAUUACUUUGACCGCGUGUUCCAGUCCAACACCACUCAGGAGCAGUUCUACAAUGCUGUCGCUCAGCAGAUCGUCAAAGACGUGCUGGACGGUUACAACGGAACCAUCUUCGCCUACGGCCAGACCGCCUCGGGCAAGACACACACCAUGGAGGGCGUCCUCCACGACACGGACAUGAUGGGCGUCAUCCCCCGCAUCGUCCAGGACAUCUUCAACUACAUCUACUCCAUGGACGAGAACCUGGAGUUCCACAUCAAAGUGUCGUAUUUUGAGAUCUAUUUGGAUAAAAUCAGGGACCUCAUGGAUGUAUCGAAGACCAACCUCUCCGUGCAUGAGGACAAAAACCGAGUGCCUUACGUGAAGGGCGCGUCGGAGCGGUUCGUGUGCAGCCCGGAGGAGGUCAUGGACGCGAUAGACGAAGGCAAAAAUAACCGCAGCGUGGCCGUCACAAACAUGAACGAGCACAGCUCCAGAAGCCACAGUAUCUUCCAGAUCAACAUCAAGCAGGAGAACGCCCAGACAGGCCAGAAACUCACCGGCAAGCUCUACCUGGUGGACCUGGCCGGCAGUGAAAAAAUAGGUAAAACGGGAGCGGAGGGCACGGUGUUGGACGAAGCCAAGAUGAUCAACAAGUCGCUCUCGGCGUUGGGGAUCGUUAUCUCGGCCCUGGCCGAGGGCUCGAACUACAUCCCGUACCGGGACAGUAAGAUGACCCGGAUCCUGCAGGACUCCCUGGGGGGGAACUGCCGGACCACCAUGGUCAUCUGCUGCUCGCCCUCCGCCUUCAACGAGGCCGAGACCAAGUCCACGCUGCUGUUUGGACAGAGGGCCAAGACCAUCAAGAACAGCGUGACGCUGAACGUGGAGCUGACGGCGGAGCAGUGGAAGAAGAAGUGGGAGAAGGAGAAGGAGAAGAACAAGACCCUGAAGAACACCGUCGACACGCUGGAGAGCGAGCUCCAACGCUGGAGGACGGGCGAGAGCGUCCCCGAGGAGGAGCAGUUCGACAAGGAGAAGGCCAAGGAGGAGGUGCAGGCCGUGGAGAACGUGCUGAACCACGACAAGAUGGCGGCCACGCCAGCGCUGGGCGGGCCCCCCGGGGUGCAGCUCCAGGGGCCGGGGGGGGGCACGUCGGGGGCGGAGCUCAGCAAGCUGUACAAGGAGAUGGACGACAAGGACGAUGAGAUCGACCAGCAGAGCCAGCUGUUGGAGAAGCUGAACCAACAGAUGCAGGACCAAGAGGAGCUGCUGGCCUCCUCGCACCGCGACCACGACAAGCUCCAGACGGAGCUGAACCGGCUGCUCUCGGAGAACGAGGCGUCCAAGGAGGAGGUGAAGGAGGUGCUGCAGGCGCUGGAGGAGCUGGCCGUCAACUACGACCAGAAGAGCCAGGAGGUGGAGGACAAGGCGCAGGAGUUUGAGGCCCUCAGCGAGGAGCUCAACCAGAAGUCGAGCUCCCUUGCCUCCAUCGACACGGAGCUCCAGAAGCUGAAGGAGAUGACCAACCACCAGAAGAAGAGGGUGACGGAGAUGAUGUCGUCGCUCCUCAAAGACCUGGCCGAGAUCGGCAGCGCCAUGGGCACCAAGGAGAUCAAGCAACAGGAGAGCACCGGCGUGAUCGACGAGGAGUUCACGGUGGCCCGUCUCUACAUCAGCAAGAUGAAGUCGGAGGUGAAGAGCACGGUGCGUCGCAGCCGACAGCUGGAGGGCGCCCAGGCCGAGAGCGACCAGCGGCUGGCCGAGACCGAGAAGGAGCUGGCCGCCUGCCAGCUGCUCACCUCCCAGUACGAGGCGAAGAUCCGCUCUCUGACAGAGAGCGUGCAGAUCCUGGAGCAGAAGAAGAGGCAGCUGGAGGAGAGCGUGGACGCGCUCAACGAGGAGCUGGUGAAGAUCAGCGCUCAGGAGAAAGUCCAUGCCACGGAGAAGGAGAAGAUGCAGUCGGCCAAUGAGGUCAAGGACGCGGUGCAGAAGCAGAUCAUGUCCCACAGGGAGGCCCAUCAGAAGCAGAUCAGCAGUCUGCGAGACGAGCUGGACAGCAAGGAGAAGCAGAUCACUGAGCUGCAGGAUCUGAACCAGAAGAUCUCUCUGGAGCAGGAGCGCUUGAGGGCGGAGCACGAGAAGCUCAAGGCUGCGGACCAGGAGAGGAACCGCAAGCUGCAGGAGCUAACGGGCAUUCAGGACCGCCGGGAGCAGGCCAAGCAGGACCUGAAGGGGCUGGAGGAGACUGUGGCCAGAGAGCUUCAGACGCUCCACAACCUCAGACGGCUGUUUGUCCAGGACCUGAACACCAGGGUGAAGAGGAACGCGGACGCUGACUCUGAUGAUACGGGAGGCAGCGCCAUGCAGAAACAGAAGAUUGCCUUCCUGGAGAGCAACCUGGAGCAGCUCACCAGGGUCCACAAGCAGCUGGUGCGGGACAACGCUGACCUGCGCAGUGAGAUCCCCAAGAUGGAGAAGCGUCUGCGUGCGACGGUGGAGCGCGUCAAGGCUCUGGAGCUGGCCCUGAAGGAGGCCCGCGAGGUGGCCGGCCGCGACCGCAAGCGCUACCAGCAGGAGGUGGACCGCAUCAAGGAGGCGGUGCGCUCCAAGAACAUGAGCCGCUGGCGCACCGCCGCGCAGAUAGCUAAGCCCAUCCGGCCGGGCCAGCAGCCCGGGGCCCCCCCCGCCAACCCCGGCGUGGUGCGCCCCAACAGCGUGCAGACCCCCCAGCCCGCCGGGCUCCGGGGCGGAGGGGGCGGAGGGGCCCCCGCCCAGCAGGACAAGAGCAGCUACUCCUACGACUGCUGAGGAGAGAGGCUGCCGGUCGGAGCCAGAAACAAAGGUCAGCCAGAUAGCUAUGAACUACGUCAUCCACAAUGCAACGCUGGACUCUCACCUCGGACCCGCCCCCCCAGUGUAUACAUGGUGUAUAUUGAUUUAAGACUUCGGGAGGGGGGAGGGGCUUAUUUUGUGCCUAUUUAUGGUUUCUAACUCUCAGCCCAUCCAAAGAUCACAUGACUGCCUUGAAAUAUGAUCAUGCAAACUUAUUGAACUAAUUGUGUGUGUGUGUGUGUGUGUGUGUACAGUAUUGCCUAUUUGUUCAACAGAAUACCACUAAGUGAUUGGAUCUGUUCCUUACCAAACGUGAAGUCAGAUCAAUACAGCUGAUUGGCUGAGCUGCACUGUUACCCCACACCUCAGCAGAGUGGUGCAACACUCACAGCAGGGGGCUAUAGUGCCUGACCUCUGACCUUAACCCUGACCCAAACCCUACCGUCCAGACCAGUGUGUGUGUGUGUGUGUGUGUGUGUGUGUGUGUGUGUGUGUGUGUGUGUGUGUGUGUGUGUGUGUGUGUGUGUGUGUGUGUGUGUGUGUGUGUGUGUGUGUGUGUUAAAAUGGUCGGUUCUGCUGUUGUCCUGCAAGACGACCUCACCUCGUACUAACUUUGUGUUCGUACAAGAGUCUGCUUAUCUUCCUCAGGCAGUUCAGACGUCCUCUGUUAACACACACAUCUUGGAGCGGGUUGGAAAGAAUAAAUGAUUGUUGAUCAGUAUUGAUUGUUUGAUUCCGUAAAGACAUAUUCUAUUUAUUCUACUACGUUAAGGUUAGGGGGGCAUAUCUUCUGAACAAAGUAUUUGUUUAACCACAAUAACAACACGGACACUAGGUAGGAGUUAAACAAAGUGUUCUUUAAACAAAGAAAAUCUGAGACUGCUAGUCUAGUAGCAGCUUUAGUUUGUUUCAAUUUGGUGUUAAAAUAAAAGCACUUUGAACAAUCUUCCAAACCAAUGCUGCCUCUUAAGAACCCAACAAUGGAGCGUACCAUUAGGAACAGGUGGACAGUGAUUGGUAUUGUCUGAGUCUUGUCUUGGGUAGAGGCUGAUUCAUGCUUUGUGCCUCCACAACACUGCUUCCAUUUUGCCUUUGUCAUUUUAUACUCAUCUAUUGUAACAAUAAAGCCUUACUGAGAAGCA